CCGCCCCUAUUGGGGCGGAGCUAGCGCGCCCCGCCCGCCGCAGAGCUGGGCUCCUGCGUCCGGACUAGGAGCUGCGCCCGGACCCGGCUGGCUGGCGGGCGGAACCGGGCCGGCGGGUUUGCUGCGGAGCAAUCGUGCUGGGCUGCGGACCGCGCCAUGGACUCUUGUGUCCAGCCGGUGUUCCAGCCUCACUGAGCCAAGCCAUCUGAGAGAGCUUCCUUCUAAGGAAGUGCCCCCAAGCACUGACCAUGUCUAUUAUGGACCACAGCCCCACCACUGGUGUGGUCACAGUCAUUGUCAUCCUCAUCGCCAUUGCUGCGCUGGGGGCCUUGAUCCUGGGCUGCUGGUGCUACCUGCGGCUACAGCGCAUCAGCCAGUCGGAAGACGAGGAGAGCAUCGUGGGGGAUGGUGAAACCAAGGAGCCCUUUCUGCUGGUGCAGUAUUCAGCCAAGGGACCAUGUGUGGAGAGGAAGGCCAAGCUGAUGACCCCCAGUGGCCCAGAAGUGCACGGCUGAUCUGGGCUAUGAGGCUCCUGGUUCUGUCUGCAGCCAGCUGAGAGGCGCCAGGAGAGCAGAAGACAGACAUGCUGCUGUUGGAGAGGAAGGGUUGACACUUGCUGGCAUGGCCUCAGCGGGCUUCGUCAUCGCAUGCACUGACUCUGGGGGCCUGGCUGUCCUGGGCUUCCCCUUGGCCUCCUGGUGGGGCUGCCCAUUGCAGGCAGUGGGUGGGCCUGACCUUGCUGGGGCUUGUCGCCCCUUAGAGCUUUUGUUACUUGAAUGUUUAGCUGAGCCUGUUUUUGACGGAGCUACUACUGUAAUGCGUGAAUUAACAAACCUGUGAACUGUAAAUAGGCCCCAGAAGCACGUGCUUAAGCCUUUUUGCUGAAUUUUUAAAAUAUUACUUAGAGCACAUGGAGGAACUUUUUUGAUUAGGACUGUACUCACGAUGGGCUGAGUCAAGACCCUGGUGGGUCUUAGACUUUUAAGACCCAAGCUGCGCUUAGCAGGGGGCUCUAAUGUCUCUGUGUAUAUAAAGGAAGUGAGGUAUCAAGUGCUAGGUCUCAUAGCUGACCAUCUGGGGUGCUUUGGUGAUUUCUGCUUGGUUAGUACUGGGUGGAAGAAGAACCACACCCCUCCCUCUAUUCAGGAGAUGCGGUUGUUAAGUAGAAGUGCCCUUUGAUGGUAUUAUUGCAAGGAAGCUACUGUACCUGCUUGGAAGCCUGUGACGGACAUGUUAGGGCACAUGUCCCGAGAGCUUCCAGGCAGCUUGGUAGCAGAGCAGUUUCCUGUCCCUUUGGUCUCACGCAUGCCAAGUACACCCCCUUAGCUCAGGCUUCAUAGACGCGCCAGAGCUCACCGUGACUGUCUUUUGUCUGAAACCCAAAUGGCCCAGGAGAGGAAACUUUCUGUGUUUUUUGUGUUUAGUAUUUUCUGCACUGGUGAGGUAGAGGUGGUGGCUGGUGUUGUAUGUUGUUCCCCACAUCCCCACUCCCUUUUCACAAGUUAGCUUCCUUUCCUCUCUGAUGACUGCCCACCUGCUGGGUAUUAGAUUUCACUUUUCUCAGCGGGUCUCUGUAGACUGUCACGAGGCCCCUGACCCAGCUCUGAAGGCACUGUGUGCAGUAGAAGGUCAUUCUUUUGUGCACAUUCACACAGGAGCCACCAGAUGCUCCCUGCCAGUCUGUACUUAGUGCAGGGAGAGGGGGAGGGGUGGGAAUAGAGUUCAAGACUUGGUUCUCACAGAUUUGGUGGCUGUCACUCAUGCCACACCUUGACAGCUGCAUCUGUCCCUUGUGUAUACUUCACUGAGCUCCCUUAGAUGUCUAAUCUCACCACUGCAAACAUUUCCAUCAUGAUUCAAACAUGACGUGUUGGCAUCCUGAAUAAUGAGCCAGAGGCCAGCCCAGGCUUAACCUCACAGCACUGGCCCUAUAUACUUGAGCCAGCAGCUGCAGACAGCGCAGCCAGGGGAGCAGAGUCCGGGCCUCCUCCUCAGGCUAUAGGCCUCUUUUCUGAAAAGCAUGUUGAAUUAAUCCACUUUCCAGAAUCCCUGUGGGGAGCUGUAGGGAGCAGCACUUCCAUUUUAGCACCAUUAAAUAGUAACUUGGGGUGGGAAGGGGAUAGCUAAUGAGGCCAUUGUGUGGGAAGCAAUACUGAAACUCUACUAAGGGGCCCUGCGGACCCUUAGGGAACAGGGGAGGAAAUGCUUUUGGCGAAGUGGGGAAGAGAUAGAUGGCAAGGGCCAGCUGGACAGGCAGAGCCUGUACAGGCUGAGGUGGCAGGGUGAAUGGUGGUCACUGUGAUGGUACCUUGGAGAGGAGGCAGGUCCAAAAGGUGCCAGGUGGUGGUCAGUGAAGGAGGCAGUUGCAAAGGCUGAGGAGGCUUUUGUUCCAUCCCCUCCCAUUUCAGACCUUGCAGGCUUUCUACCUCCACUCAACUAGCCAGCAGCACAAGCACAGGCUGUUUGUCGUUCAGCUCCCUAGCCCAGUUCUCCACCAGUGGCUGGGAUUUGCAUUUUCUGAGCCUGGUGUUGGAACUGACCUUUGCUCCACCAUCAGACUUGUCUUGCAGCUGUUACUGUGCCAGUGAAGCUUUAGUUUCUGAAACGAUUAGAUAGAUGUGGCUUUUUCAUCUGUUUCACUUGUGGAGAUUUUCUUAGCCCAACCCCCGGUGGCCAAGGACAUCUAUGGAGCUUGCUUUGGGCCCAUCAGUAGGAUAGAGGCACAUGGGUUGGGUGAAGCAUGGUAGGGGUCUUUGGGAGGAAGAUGAAAUGCCCAAAGAACCAAUGAAUACCACAUAACAGCUCUCCCUGUGAAUAUUUAUCAGUAGCUCCUUUUUUAGCACAGACACCAGUUACACUCAGAUGCUUGGUAAGUUAUGAACUCUCUCUUUGAAUUCUUUCUCAAUGGCCCAACUGUUGCACUCAAGUUUUCUGAAUAGCCAGGGAAUUAACCUUUAUCCUUCGUAACAUGGCAGAAACAGCAGCAGGGCAAUGGGAAAGGAGUUCUUGACAUUGAGCCACUAAAUUAUAGACUAAUUUCUCAGCCAGCUCUUCAGAUGGACUGUGCUACUGUUUUUGUCUCAAAGCUACCAAGCUUAUGCAAUCUUGGGAUGUCACCUGUGUCAAUAAAAGCAGGAUAACAUUUAAGUUCAUUUUCUAGACCACUGAGAAAAUCUUUAUUUACAAUGUUUCAAUAAAAUUUGCAUAAAUAUACUCCCAA